UUUAUUUACUAUUUUAACAUUUGCCAGUUUAUAGCUGUAAAGUGUUAAUUUAGGUAUUAGUUUUCUCCGUGAUACCAUCUUUCUUGGGACACACCUGCUGCCUACCUUUGUUUUGAGCGAUUUCCUUAAAAUGGAGCUGCCGUACGUUUUAUGGCUAUGGAGGAUCCAGCCUCAAUCGAAAUGAACAGUGUGUUACAAGGGCCGUAGUGGUGGAGCCAUUUUGCCGAAUAUACCUAAACGGAACGUAGUAUUAAAGUUGGGAUAUCAUCGUUUGUAUCACUUAUUGGAGUUGUACUACUAGAUUCCAUAUACUGCUAUACCUCAACAUUGGUGUAAGUGGAUAAAUCGGUGCAAAAGGCGCCUAUCUCAUUUGGUAGUUUGGCGUAGUACAAGUGAUACUAAUUUGGCUCAUUAAUUGGAACGGACAAAAUAGUCCCAUGGUAAAAGAGGGUGAUAUAUGUAAAAGGAUAUUGAGUUGUGGGUAUUUGCGCCAUUGGUUUAGUUGUAUUGAACCUUUGGUGGUGAUAUAUAGUUUGUGGCCAUUACGGUUGACUUGCUGUUUUAUGUAUUCCAAUAAUAUUACCAGUUGUGUUGCAUCUAUUGUGAUUACAUGAUACAAGAACCUGUUCUUCCGCUAUACUCGCUGUUUAUCAGAAGGCCAUAUAGAUGUUUAUGGGCUACAUCCAAGGAAUCUAUUGUACCGUAUCACAGUUCUGACAUUCUAUCUGGAAAUAAAACAGGUGAAUCACGGCGUUUUGGGAUAUACCGCCGUUACUUAAAAACCACUGAUAAGGGACAAUUCAAACGUCAGUGGGUAGCAAUCAAGAAUCGUACACCAGUUGGCUUAAUGGCGACCAACGGUAUACAUCCUGGUGUGGUGGGCACGGGGCCUAUGAGCAACAACUUGCUUGAUUUGGGUUCAUUAUCCAAUGCGAAGAUGGCCUACGGCUUGGACAUGGAACAACAUGCGGCUAGGAAGGAACCUGAAAAGACGGAAGAUACUUCAGUUGUAAGAACUAGAUCAAUAGCUCUGUCACCAGUGUGCAUUGCUAAGGUUGCUAACAUGGAUCAGCUGGCUCGCGAUAUGGGCGAUCUGAGCGUACAACGUAGCUCCGGAUUGAAUACCCCCAAAGCGAGUUCUGAUACUGAUAGUUUGGUAAAGAGGAAAUGGAGUACUGAAAGGCAACACCAACCUCGUGAACAGAAAUUCAAGUUUGAGCCCGUGGUUGUAAUGAGCUUUAAUUGCCUGGCACGUAGUCUUGUUGACAACAAAUAUGUUAACAACGACCGUGAUGUAAUGUCCUGGAAUAGUCGCAAAUUUGCGAUUCUAGAUGUUCUACAACAAUCCGAGGCUGAUGUCGUUUGUCUGCAGGAGGUAGAUGAAGAGGAGUACAAGAAUUUCUUCUUGACAGAGUUCCUCGCUCUUGGUUAUGGCUCGUACUUCAAAAAGAAGAAAACACCCAAGUUAGAUGGUGUUUGUGUACUGUACAAUGAGGACCGUUUCGAACUACUCUACCAUAAGGAUGUUGAAUUUGCUGUUCAUGAUGCUGAUUACGACCGUUUACAGGUAGCUGUGGUUCUUGCCUUGAUGGAUAUGCGCACUAAAGUAGUGGGUCAAGAGGAUAACGAGGUACGCGAUAUUUACAUUAUCGCGAAUACCCAUCUGCUAUUCAACAAGAACCGUGGUGAUGUCAAGUUUGCCCAGCUCUGCGCCUUACUUUCCGCUAUAAAAGAGGUGGAAUCACUAUGCUUGGAGCGGUUAGAGAAUACAUCUGAUAAUCCUAAGCCGGCGAUAAUCAUGUGCGGUGAUUUCAACUUCACGCCACAAAGUUUGAUGUACCAUUUCCUUAGUCAAGGCUAUGUCGUUCUCCGCAACUGUGAUGUUAAGAUGAUGUCAGGGCAGUAUCUGAUGUUUGAUACAACCUACAAGACUGAGCAGGUGGGUCACGGGCAGUCAGGUAUCACCGUUGGCGACUUUGAGGGUAACUAUAUCCCAGACAUCUAUGGCACAGCCGAUUGCAGUGAGUGGGUCGAGUCGCUACGUCAUAACAAUAGUAUGGUUAACUUCACAAAAAUGCCAGAGUGGAUGGAAAAGGAUCCUAAUAGACGCAGGUUAAUAUGCAAUUACUUACAGGUACUAUCUGAACACGACACUUGCAGCAGGUCGGAUGCUGGCAGUGCCCAUGAAAAUGAAGAAGGCACUCCAGGAUACCGGGUUUCUAACGAAAGUGACUUGCUAUUUUGCCCGUUCAAAUUCACCAGUGCGUACAGUGUGUACGACCCUGGGCAAAAUAGGUCUAACGAGCCUGCCUUCACGGCAUUCCAUGGAUGGCAACGUGGUUGUGUGGACUACAUUUGGUACACCUGUGACGAGGUGGAUGUGGAGUCGAUUUACGAGCUCCCUGCGUACACCGAUGUCACUGAAAACGGCAACCUCCCUAACAAGGCUUGGCCUUCUUCAGACCACUUUAGCCUGGUAUCACAAUUCAAGAGGCGUAGUUAACAUGGCUCGUGCUAUGCCAGCUAACUAAUGCGUUCUACAUAUUCCGGACUUUAGUAGCCACAAUAAUGGUUCUAAUUGUAGUC